AUGCUAUUUUCUAUUCUAUUGGUUCUCGCCACGAUUUCGGAAGCUGUGGUUCAGCCGAAACAAGUGCAUUUGAGUCUCAACGGACAUGCUCAUCAGAUGGUUGUCACAUGGCAUACUAAUGAGCAAGCUUGUAAAGAAACCCAACACGUUGUUUAUGGCACGAACCCUUCGCAACUCGGCAUGACAGCGAAAGCGUCGAUGACCGAAUGGAAGGGAGGACUCAAGAGAUACACGUUUCGAGCAACUCUGACAGAUCUCGAAAAGGGCUGCAAAUAUUAUUACAAAGUUGGAAGUUCCGAAGGAUUUUCUGACAUUUUCUUUUUCACACAGCCUGACGGCAAUAAACCACUUCGAGCCGCCAUUUUUGGAGAUUUAUCGAUAUACAAAGGCUAUUCCAUCAAACCUUUGAUUUAUGGAACCCAAAAAAAUCAAUUUGAUGUUGUAUUCCAUAUAGGAGAUAUUGCUUAUGAUCUCCACGACGAUGAUGGAAAAGUUGGAGACGAAUUCAUGGAAGCCAUUGAGCCGAUUGCAGCUCAUGUUCCUUAUAUGGUCUUGCCAGGAAAUCAUGAGACGAGAUACGAAUAUUCUCAUAUUAUUAAUCGUUACACAAUGCCAAAAAAUGGAGUAUAUGAUAACAAUUUGUUCUGGAGUUUGAAUUAUGGAAACACUCAUAUAAUUGCUCUAAAUACUGAAUAUUAUGCUGAAGGAAAGGAAAAGGAAGCGAAAGCACAAUAUGAGUGGCUCAAAAAGGAUUUGGAAAACAUGAAAGCAAAAUGGACAAUUGUACUGGUGCAUCGGCCACUUUACUGUUCGACUCAGAGCAAACAUGGAUGCGAUGAUCCACAAGAUACAUUGCCAAGAAAAGGAAACGCACUGUUCCCAGGAAUCGAGAAAUUACUCUACGAUCAUCAUGUUGAUUUGGUAUUUUAUGGACACAAACACACAUAUGAACGAAUGUGGCCCAUGUACAAUGGAGAUCCUCAUAUUUCGAACAAUCCGAAUCAUAUUAUAAAUCCAAAAGCGCCAGCUUAUAUACUUGUCGGAUCUGCGGGUUGUCAUACUCAUUUAGGACCUCAAGACUCGAUUCCUCAACCAUUUUCAAUUACAAGACUUGGCAAUUACGGCUAUACCGUUAUUCAAGUCUUCAAUUCAACACACUUACGAACGCAUUUCGUCGAUGCUUCCGAUGAUAUCGGCAAUAGAAUGGAUCGGUUUUAUAUUGAAAAGCAUUAUUAA